AUGGAUGCUGAUGAAGCUAUGCAACAAACUUCGGAGAGAAUGAUUACAUUCUCUUCUUCUGAUAAUAUCACUCCUCCGAAAGUAAUUUAUCACGGUGGAGGGUUUUAUAAUCAAUCAGCAGAAGCAACAGAUUGGGAAACAAGCAAGUAUCAAAGUAGCAGCAGCAGCACCUCAAUGUAUCAUUCCUGUUGCUUCGUCUCUUCAAACCAUUUCCGACAAAAGCAUAAGCCAAGGCUAAAUGAAUUAGGAUACAAGAGUUGCAUCCCAGGACAGCGAGUUGUCGGCGGGCGAAUUUUUCAAGAGGUAGUAUUUUUGAUGUUUUUGAAAGCUGCAAGUGCUGUAUUGUUCGGAUUUCUGGACAAAUAUAAGCCGGAUACUUUUUCCGCUGUUCUCUUCCACAUGAUUAGCGACACGUAG